AUGACGACUCCAACUCCUGAUAAUCCUGAGAAUUUUGAUCAAUUUGAUGAAGAGGAGUCAGAACAACAACUUGGAGCCACUGCAUCUGGCCGCAAGAGAUUGUUCAGUAAAGAGUUAAGAUGUAUGAUGUAUGGUUUUGGAGAUGAUCAAAAUCCUUAUACUGAAAGUGUGGAUUUUUUAGAAGACCUAGUAAUUGAAUUUAUUACUGAAACUACCCAUAGAGCUAUGGAAGUUGGAAGAACUGGCAGAGUGCAAGUAGAAGAUAUAAUAUUCUUAGUGCGUAAAGAUCCAAGAAAAUAUGCCCGUGUAAAAGAUUUACUUACAAUGAAUGAAGAACUGAAAAAGGCUAGAAAAGCUUUUGAUGAAGUUAAAUAUGUUGGCGGAUCCAUGGCGGAGAUGAUAGCUUUCAUUACAGCGGCGGCUGCGAGCGACGCGUGCGGUUGCCACUCCUUGCCCCGAGUACCGUCACGGUAA